GCUAUUCCCAUUGGCGGAAAAUCCAAACAGCCAGCGACGCCCUCCAGGUUGCCCGUUCCAGGAAGUGACGAUAGGCAGGCCCGCCCCUGAGGAAGUGACGUCUGAGUGCCCUUGACGGGCGGGGAGGGCUGGGCUGCGCAUCCUUCCGCUCGCGCUGCAGGGAGCUUCCCUUACAGAUGGCUCAGCGACUUCUCCUGAGGAGGUUCCUGGCUGCCGCCGCCUCCAGGAAGCCCGCCCAGAGUCGGUGGGCACCGCUCGCCUUCAGCGCGGCGCGGACCCCGCCGUGCGGCCCCGGUGGCCACACAGGGACACCCAGCCCGGCCCGGACGCUGCACGCCACCGGAGUGCUGGCCACGACCUUUAACAUCCAGGAUGGAUCCGACUUUCAGGACCGAGUCGUCAACAGCGAGACGCCAGUGGUUGUGGAUUUCCACGCACAGUGGUGCGGCCCCUGCAAGAUCCUGGGGCCACGGUUAGAGAAGAUGGUGGCCAAGCAGCAGGGGAAGGUGGUGAUGGCCAAGGUGGACAUAGAUGACCACACGGACCUCGCCCUCGAGUACGAGGUGUCGGCCGUGCCCACCGUGCUGGCCAUCAAGAACGGGGACGUGGUGGACAAGUUCGUUGGCAUCAAGGACGAGGAGCAGCUGGAGGCCUUCCUGAAGAAGCUGAUCGGCUGACAAGCAGGGAAGGGGCCCCCGCAGUCCUGGGAGCGGACCCCGUGCUGGCCCCUGCUGCCUCCUCCCUGUCUGGCCCCAGUGGCCCCGUGCUUUGGGGACCAACCUCCGAACACGGGAGCCGCAAGUGCUUCUGAGCUGGCCCGCGGCCUGGGCGGCCGUCGGGAGUGGUGCUGCGGCUGGCGUGGCGACCGCGCCUUCCACCUUGCCCUUUUGUCUGCCCCUGCAGGGCCUGCCGCGGCUCUCCCGAGGUGCUGGGGAGCGCCCGGGGCGGGUGCACCACGAGGCCCAGGCAGCGACGCCUCGGCCUGGCUCCUUGGUCCUUUCUGAGCAGAACCCCUGGGCCUGGCUCCUCUGCCUCCUGCGUCUGUCUUUCCUGCUGCUGUUUUGUAAGAAGAGAAAGAACCAGGAACCCCAGACAAGGGGGAAUGAGACCGAAUUCUUUCAUUUUUUUGUAGGUCUGUAAUAAAGAACUCUGAUCCCUUCUA